AUGUCUUUCUCCAACAAAGACUGCCAUGAUGUAAGUACGCGACUCUCGGAGGCUCAUCGAUACGCCGUUCAACAAUGUCUCGACAAUUCGGAGCAACUGGCUCAUCUACACAACCAACUUGUUCAUUGUGACAACGUUUUUGAGCGCCUUCAAAAGACAUUGUACAGUUUCCAAGACAGUCUCGGGUCUAUUGGACAGGAUAUGAAACAUUUGCAAAUGCAAUCUCAUCAUCUUCAUCAGGAACUUGAAAACCGCCAGAAGGUCCGAGUGGAGUUGAGUCAGUUCGUUGACGAUAUCGCUGUCUCGCAGACAAUGAUGAAGACGAUAAAUGAGGUUGAUGCGAAUGAGAGAGGAUUCUUGGAAGCACUUCACGAGUUGCAUCACAAGAUAACACUUAUUAUCCAGAGAGGAAACGGAGAUGCAGUGGCUGUGAACGAUACAAUGCCGAUUCUGGAGGGGUUGAAGUUGAAGGCUACUGUCAAGGUCCGUGACUGGCUUCUCGCAAAAAUGUUCCAAUUCCGAAAACCACUCUCCAACUACCAAGUAUUCCAACAUCAACUGCUCAAAUGUCGUUUUUUCUACGAAUUUCUCCUCCACCAUGAUUUGAUUUCUGCCAAAGAACUGCAAGACGAGUACAUCGACACCAUCAGCAAAAUGUUCUUCACAUAUUUCAAAGCGUACGCGACUCGUUUAUUCAAGCUGGCGAUGAAGGACGUCGCCACCAAAGACGACACACUGGGAAAUAUUGAUUCUGCUAAGCCGCAGGGCUUAAGCUCUCUCUUUUCCUCUAAGCAACACGUCGUCCGGAAUAAAGCCACUGUCUUCUCAAUUGGACAACGACACAACAUCCUCGGUGAUGACUUUUUUGGUGCUCUCAUUGUCCCACAUGCUGCUACACAGAAUCAAGUUGCGUAUCAAUUCGAAGCUUUAUUCCGAUCGAUUCAAUUAGCGUUUGUCGAUCACUACAGUCAUGAGUACCUCUUCAUCACUGAUUUCUUCUUGGUCAACAACGAAGAAGCUGUGGAGCUUCAUAAUAAGGCUAUGGCUCGAGCGAUGUCAGUCGUGUUGAAAAGCUGCGAGGAGCAAAUUGCGUUGAGUUGGGACGCCAUUAGUCUCCACCUCUGUAUCUGCCUGAGCGACAAGUUCAUUGAUGUCCUUGCAGAGCGUGAAGUUCCAGAGUGCACCGAUUACUGGAAUACGGUUAGCAGUCUGCUCUGGGCUCGUCUCAACUUGGUCAUGAACACCCAUUACGAAAGUGUGAAGUCAGUCGACCUAAAGAAGCUGAUGCACAGUGGAUCGCUAGACGCCAGACCGCAUUUCAUUGUUCGUCGAUACGCCGAGUUGACUAGUGCUCAUCUUAUGAUUGCAAAAACAAGCGGGAAGGAGAUUGGUGACAAGAUGGAAGCUGUGCUAGAGAACAGUGAGGACUCGAUCGAACAACUUCUCACUAGAAUGUCGGCAAUGCAGCAGUCACAAAAGAAUAAGCACGUGUUCUUGAUCAACAACUUUGACCUGAUUCUGUCGAUUAUUGAUGAUGAAGAGAGCAAGCAUAGUAAGAUAUACGCAAUUGUGCACGAAUUGGAGCAGAAAAGUAUCGAUGACUUUGUGGAAGAGAUGCUAGAACCACAUAUUGGAUAUAUGAUCAAGUUUGUGAAUGAGUGCGAGUCGCUGCUUUCUCAAGGACACACCCAGCUGCUUGUACGUUAUAAUGAUAAAGUGGGAACAGUGGUGGCAAACUUCAACGCAAAGUGGCGGCCUGCUGUGGAUAGUAUCAAUGCUGAAUGCAUUCAACUUUUCACCAACUUUAGUCUCGGAACCAAUAUUCUUCAGACAAUCUUCACAAAAUAUGUUCUAUACAUCAAUCGAUUCACCAAAAUUCUAGCUCACGACGUUUUUGUCAAGAACCCAGUCUGCACACAACUAGUCAAUGUGCACCAAGUGAUGCUUGAGAUCAAACGUUUCAAACCAGCAUAUUAA